AUGUCUAUACAGGUCAGUAAGUCUGUAUCUAUACAGGUCCGUGUGUCUAUGUCUAUACAGGUCCGUGUGUUUGUAUCUAUAGAGGUCAGUUUGUUUGUAUCUUUACAGGUCCGUGUAUCUAUGUCUAUACAGGUCAGUGUGUCUGUAUCUAUACAGGUCCGUGUGUCUAUGUCUAUACAGGUCAGUGUGUCUGUAUCUAUACAGGUCAGUAUGUCUGUAUCUAUACAGGUCAGUGUGUCUGUAUCUAUACAGGUCAGUGUGUUUGUAUCUAUACAGGUCAGUGUGUCUAUGUCUAUACAGGUCAGUGUGUCUUUAUCUAUACAGGUCAGUGUGUCUGUAUCUAUACAGGUCAGUGUGUCUAUGUCUAUACAGGUCAGUAUGUCUGUAUCUAUACAGGUCAGUGUGUUUGUAUCUAUACAGGUCAGUGUGUUUGUAUCUAUACAGGUCAGUAUGUCUGUAUCUAUACAGGUCAGUGUGUCUGUAUCUAUACAGGUCCGUGUGUUUGUAUCUAUACAGGUCAGUAUGUUUGUAUCUAUACAGGUCAGUGUGUUUGUAUCUAUACAGGUCAGUAUGUCUGUAUCUAUACAGGUCAGUAUGUUUGUAUCUAUACAGGUCAGUAUGUCUGUAUCUAUACAGGUCAGUGUGUCUGUAUCUAUACAGGUCCGUGUGUUUGUAUCUAUACAGGUCAGUGUGUUUGUAUCUAUACAGGUCAGUGUGUUUGUAUCUAUACAGGUCAGUAUGUCUGUAUCUAUACAGGUCAGUGUGUUUGUAUCUAUACAGGUCAGUGUGUCUGUAUCUAUACAGGUCAGUGUGUUUGUAUCUAUACAGGUCAGUGUGUGUAUGUCUAUAAAGGUCCGUGUGUCUGUAUCUAUACAGGUCAGUAUGUCUGUAUCUAUACAGGUCAGUGUGUCUGUAUCUAUACAGGUCAGUAUGUCUGUAUCUAUACAGGUCAGUGUGUCUGUAUCUAUACAGGUCCGUGUGUGUAUGUCUAUAAAGGUCCGUGUGUCUGUAUCUAUACAGGUCAGUAUGUCUGUAUCUAUACAGGUCAGUGUGUUUGUAUCUAUACAGGUCCGUUUGUGUAUGUCUAUAAAGGUCCGUGUGUCUAUGUCUAUACAGGUCCGUUUGUUUGUGUCUAUACAGGUACGUAUGUCUAUGUCUAUACAGGUCCGUGUGUCUAUGUUUAUACAG